AACGCGCCCCUACACUUCCUGAUCUGCCAGAGCGCGUUACGCCUCGACAGAUCGCGAUAACCUUCUACUCAAUACCCCUUCAUUCAACCUUUACCCUCACACAGAUCUUCUACCAACUCUAUUUGUCUCUUCACGAGAAACCCACGCAAGAUGUCGUCAUCGUCACCUACUACUCCAGAGGUGACGGUUUUCGGCCUGACUUUCGAGCAGCAUGAUACCCGUCUGAUGCAAGAGGUCCUAGUGAGCUUUGAGAGAUUGCCUUCUCAACACGAUGAUCGCGUGGCUCUAUGGUCCGCGCUCUUGUCACUUGUUAGAGACGCAGACGCGAACGAGAUUGAGAUUAUUAGAUCUUGGUACGCGCAGAGCGAUGAAGACGAAGACGCGAGCUAUAACGCCGAUGACGAUGGAGAAGCUUCAGAGGAUAGCACUCCUGGUGACACUGAUGAGGCAGAUGGCCAAAUCGACGGAGAUACAAACAUGAGUGUUACUAACAACGAUGCCGACAGUGAGCUCGAUGAAGAGGGCAAGGAAUACUAUUCAAGAAACUAUUCCGACAACUCAUCCAACUCUUCUGGCUCUACUGACUCGAACAUGGAUCUCGACGAAGCUACUCCUGGUGACGCUGAUGAGGCAGACGGCCAAAUCGGCGGAGAUACAAACAUGGGUGUUACUAACAACGAGGCCGACAGUGAGCUCGAUGAAGAGGGCAAGGAAUACUAUUCAAGAAACUAUUCCGACAGUUCAUCCGACUCUUCUGGCUCUACUGACUCAGAUAUGGAUCUCGAUGAAGGUACUCCUGGAUCUAUUUCGCGCAAGCAUAAGCGUGUCUGUGUCGUCUGCAGAGACAAACGCCACUCCACCGAAUUCCCAUCAACCAAAAUCACAUCUACCUGCGAGCACCCGGCUACUAUUUGCCUUGAGUGCCUGGGUAACUAUAUCAAAGUCUCGGUUGAUGGAGGUGCGAUAAGCCAUAUACAGUGCCCUGUAUGUGCCGAGAAGCUUUCGCAUGGCGAUAUCAAGAAAUACGCCUCCGAAAAGAUUUUCGAACGAUAUGAAUACCUGGUCUCCCGAAAGUCCAUGCCAGCUACAUAUGUCAUGUGCUUAUCCCCCAACUGUAACUCCGGUCAACUUCCCGCAGAGGGCGAAGUCAUGAUGGUCUGCAACGCAUGCCAGUUCAAAACCUGCACCUUCCACAAGCUACCCUGGCACAAGGGAAUGACCUGCGCCGAGUUCGACGCUCUUGAAUCACAAGUCGAUCGUCUUAUGGAGGAAGAAGCAACCGCUAAGCUCCUCGCCAAGAUCUCAAAGAUCUGCCCUUCAUGCAAGCAGUGCAUCACCAAAGACCACGGCUGUGAUCACAUUGAAUGCGUCUGCGGUGAAGAAUGGUGCUGGGUCUGCCUCGCCCCCUGGAACAGCGGCCAUCGCUACGGCGGCACCGUCCACGCACGCACCUGCAUCUACCACCCGGAGAGCAUCGCAGCCUCGCAGCCCAACCCAUUUCGCCAGGACACCCAGCGUCUCACGGAGCUUAUGCGCGGAGGCCCGCUCAGCGAGACGUUGCAGCGUGCGCGCGCCGAGCGUAGAGCCAGAUUCCAAGUUCAGAGCGAUGAUGACGAUGAUGGUGACUCGGAGGAAUAGUUAAGCAAGGAUAAAGUGCAUGGUAUUGGCUGUGGCAUCAACUGAUGUUAGAUGGCUGGACUGGAACUUGCUCGUUUGCUUGCUGAUUUGGGACUUUGAGAUAUUGAUUGAUACCCCCUAGGUCGUCGGUUUCUUUGUUUGGAGUCGGGGACAAGGGGUUUUAUGCGGGAUGCACACACGUACAUUGGGGAAUGAUGCUUUACUAUUCACUUUGCUACUUACUUAGCUAAAGGUUUCUAACUUAGCUAAUAAAUUGAUUCUCCCCUCAUCGAAUGGAGCUUGGUUUUUGCAAGAUGGAAAUAUAGACAGUCAGAGAUUUAGGGAAUAUCAAGGCUGGUACCAGCAAGCUGGCAUAGGAACGUUCUAG